AUGGCAGGCGCAGACGCUUCCUUCAACGCCAGCUCCGUCGACUUGGACAAGACGCCCCUCGUCGACAUCAUCUGCUACCUCAACGGAAGCAACAACAGCUAUGACGACAGGCUGGGGCUGCACGUCUCGGCCAUCUUUGUCAUUCUCGUCGUCUCGACGGCCGUCACCUUCUUUCCUGUGCUGGCCACGCGGUCUCGGAGGGUGCGGAUUCCCCUGCCGGUAUACCUGUUCGCGCGGUACUUUGGCGCGGGCGUCAUCAUCGCCACCGCCUUCAUACACCUGCUAGACCCGGCGUACGAGGCCAUCGGCCCGGCGAGCUGCGUCGGCCUGACGGGGGGGUGGGCGACGUACUCGUGGCCGCCGGCCAUCGCGCUGACGUCGGCCAUGCUCAUCUUCCUCCUGGACUUUAUGGCCGAGUACUGGGUCGAGAGCCGGACCGGGCUGGCCCACGCGCCCGUCGAGGACAUCAUCACCGACUCGCGCGCAGCCGACUCGCGCGCCGCCCACGCCUCGCACAUGCACCUGCAUUCGGGGGACCAGGACGCCCUCGCGCGCGCCGACGAGGGCGCCGCCUCGGGCCGCCACGGGCAUGUCGAGGAGCUCAAGCACCUCUCGGGCGAGCCGGAGCACGUCGAAAAGGCGUUCCACGCGCAGAUUACGGCGUUCCUGGUCCUCGAGUUCGGCGUCAUCUUCCACAGCAUCAUCAUCGGGCUGAACCUCGGGGUGUCGGGGGGCGACGACUUCAACACGCUCUACCCGGUGCUGGUGUUCCACCAGUCGUUUGAAGGGCUGGGCAUCGGCGCGCGGCUGAGCGUGAUCCCCAUCCCGGCGCGGUGGAGGUGGCUGCCGUGGGCGCUCUGCCUGGCGUACGGGCUGACGACGCCCGUUGCGGUCGCCGUCGGGCUGGGCCUGCACCACACGUACAACGGGAGCUCGUACGCGGCGAGCGUGGUGUCGGGCGUGCUCGACUCCGUCUCCGCGGGCAUCCUGGUCUACACGGGGCUGGUGGAGAUGCUGGCGCGGGAUUUCCUGUUCAACCCGUCCCGGACGAGCGACAAGAAGAGGCUGGCCUUGAUGCUGGUUUCGCUGUAUCUCGGGUGCGGCGUCAUGGCGCUGCUGGGCCGGUGGGCGUGA